CUCAUUGAAACCUCGAGAAGCUGUUGGGAUCCAGUUCGAGCUUUUCCUUCUUCCUUGUAACCAACACUUCUUGCAGUCCUUCCACACACCCAAAACAAAAUCUCUUUGGCCCAGCAUGUGUUAGUUGCUGUGUGUACUUGAUUGCGACUCCCUCUACCGACGAACCCCCGUCACCUGAGCCUCCAACCUCAGCAUGGCAGCGAUAACAAGACUAUUGGCGACGAUGCUGACCUCGACUGAGGUGGCUGCGGCGUCAGAAAUCCCACUCACCACCCGCGAGGCGCUCUCAGGUAUCUUUGGGUCCAUCUCGCUCUCCUGCUGGCUGUUCCUGCUCCUCCCCCAACUCCUGGAAAACUACCGCAACUCCUCCGCCGAAGCUAUCAGUCUCGCCUUUAUAUUUGUCUGGUUCAUCGGCGACGUGGCCAACUUCGCGGGUGCCAUCUGGGCAGGCCUAGUCCCCGUCAUCACCGCCAUUGCCGUCUACUUCUGUAUUGCCGACGGAGUCCUCAUUGGACAGUGCUUAUACUACGGGAUCAAGAAUAAGAGAAAACAAGGCAAAGCCCUCCUAAGUGCUCGUCCAUCUUCUGCUGGGGCGUCAUCGUCCAGUGCAGCACCGGACGGACGAGUAGGUCAGCAAAGUUCUCGCGUGCCAGAUGAGGAAGAGCCACUCUUGAAACGGGCCAACAGUAUUACGAUCCCUGGUUCGGCCGACACUCGUCGGCGGAGCAGUGCCAGUGCUCGUCGGCGCAGGAGCAGCGUAGCCAGACAGGAUGACCAGCUAGCCAAGAUCCUGGAGGAGAGUGACGAGAACGGUGCUCAGCUAUGGUUCAAGAAUGCGAUGAGUAUCAUGGCCAUUGCCGUGGUGGGUGCGGCUGGCUGGGCGGUCGCUUACGAGUCGGGGGCUUGGAAACCCUCGCCGACGUCUGCGGAUGAUCAUGGAGAAGAGAUGGCCCUCGGUGCAGAGAUUUUGGGAUAUCUGAGUGCGGUUGCGUAUCUCGGUGCUAGGAUCCCGCAGAUUGUCAAGAAUGCGCGGGAUCGCAGUUGUGAAGGUCUAUCACUCUUGUUCUUCAUUCUGUCCCUAAUGGGCAAUCUCACCUACGGCGCGGGGAUUCUGUUCCAUUCGACCGAGUCGACAUAUGUAAUGAAGAACCUGCCAUGGCUGAUUGGAAGCCUGGGAACCAUGGCGGAAGACGUUGUUAUUUUUGCACAGUUCCACAUGUAUAGGGUGCAGGACACACAGAAUGCUGCGGACGAAGCCAUCAUCUAAUUGUCUGGGGGGAUCGUCUGUACUUGUAACCAGCAAACUUGGAAUGGGAUUGGACUUGCAGGCGUUGGCUAUAGCAGGACAAACAUUAUGAGGUCUGUCAUGGGACUACAGACCCGCUGUCCUUGUGAGUUUGGUUUGGAAUAAUGCAUCUUCGGUCAGUCGAACCUAGGGUAUGAAGUUGAGCGCGUGUGCCAUGGAUCUCCUGGCAUUAUUUCAGUGGCUGAGAUUCAUGAAGCGAUUGGCCAGGCACUGCCAGUCGUGUUCAUCAAUUAAUUAGGAUCAGUUCUCAUGGUGUACAACGUACAGGAUGAUUGAUAAUGGUUUGCAUGAACUGUGCAUAGCCGAGAAUUGCCAUGGCAGAGAACAGUUCUCUCUCGGCCUAGAUGUCGUCAACAGAUUUCCGUCCAGUUGGACUUGAGACUGUUCCACAAGUGUUCGCCAGGCCAAUAGAGGAAGAAAGAGGAGGCAAUCAUGUAUGUAUGUACGUUACAGUAGAGGAUGACAUCGGCAGUUGUUGAAGAUCUACAUCAAAUGCACAUCCAUG